UGUAUUUCAUAGGGCGCAACAGCAUCUCAUGAGCGCACCAUGCCAUUGACGACCACAUAGGACUGUUGGGUUGCAUAGACUGACAAAUACUCACUCAUUCAAUCAAUCAAUCCAGCCUUUUUAGCUGAACCGGCUGGUCACUCCCAUGUAGGCCUAUGUAAACAGCUUUGUCGCAAGUGAAAAAAUAUUUUUCAGACCUUUCUUCCCUCCUCCCUCUCUCAGCAUCAAGCGCAGCCCGCACGGAGGGCUCUGGCUGCUGCGACUUUCUCUCAGCCUCUUUGGUGCAAAUGCGAUGAGGAGAAGGGGACUUUCGUCCGCUGAUAAGAAGACGUCUUAGAUGCAAUAGCAGUUUCUUUCUGGAAAUAAAAAACAGAUUUGCGGAAUUGUCAUAUCAAUCAAUCGAAUGAAAGCAGAGCCAGGCCCAUCUGUGCAAUGGUCCCCGUACCCCUGUGUCUCCUGCUCUCAGUGACGUCGCUGGCCGUGGUGGUGGCUGUGGAAGCCCAUGAGGCCACAGGAGGAGAUGACGAGUAUACCUGGCCGCAGUGGAAGGUGCCACUGGUGAGGAACAGGAGGACGGUGGCCCUUAGCAGCCCUGGCUUCACGGCCAAACCUCAGGGAGAGCUGAACGGGACCUGUGGGAUUGAGUGCCAGCGUCGCCUCCCCGACCCCUCUCUGGCUGACCUAGAGGAGUUCCUGUCCUAUGAGACAGUGUACGAGAACGGAACGCGCACCCUGACCUCUGUGUCUGUGCAGGGCCUCGACGAGGUCAACGCUUGGCCUGCUGGGAACUCCUCCUCUUCCUCCAAGUCACGCCGCAGACGGGAGGUCUACGGCACAGACACCCGCUUCAGCAUCGCUGACAAGCAGUUCUCCACUAAGUACCCCUUCUCCACCUCAGUCAAGAUCUCCACGGGCUGCUCUGGUGUCCUGUUAUCUCCCAAACACGUCCUGACGGCCGCCCACUGCAUCCACGACGGACAGGACUACGUGAGCGGAGCACAGACGCUACGCGUGGGUGUCCUCAAGGAGAAAUCCCGGCGAGGGAAAGGGAAGAGAGGACGGGGUAAAGGCAAGAGGAGGAAAGGAGAAGACAAGGAAGAGAAAGAAGUGAAAGAUGGAGGGAAUGAGAGGAAAGGAAGGAAAGGGAAAGACAGAAAGAGCCGCAGUCGUCGCAGCGCAGAGGUCGAGAAGCCAUCCUUCCGGUGGACCAGAGUGAAGCAGACCCAGGUCCCUAAAGGCUGGUUCAAAGGCGGGGCAUCGGACGGUGUGGCGGCUGACUACGACUAUGCCGUGCUGGAGCUGAAGAAGGCCCAGAAGGUCAAGCACAUGGACCUGGGCGUUAUCCCAUCGGUCAAGAAGCUGCCCGCCGGCCGAAUCCACUUCUCAGGCUUUGACGACGACCGGCCCGGCAACUUGGUGUACCGCUUCUGCUCGGUGUCGGAGGAGUCCAAAGACCUGCUGUAUCAGUACUGUGAUGCCAAGCCCGGCUCCAGCGGCUCUGGGGUCUACAUCCGCCUCAAAGAGCCCGGCAAGAAGAAAUGGAAGAGGAAGAUCAUCGGGGUGUUUUCGGGCCAUCAGUGGGUGGAUGUCAACGGCAAUGGGGCGCAGCAGGAUUACAAUGUGGCGGUGAGGAUUACGCCACUCAAGUAUGCCCAGAUCUGUUACUGGGUCCAUGGGGACUCCAGCGAGUGCCGGGACGCCUGAGGGACACACAACAUGCCACAACACCCCUCCACCCUCCUCCCUCCAUCACCAACGAACCAGGGGCCUGCCCGACUGCCUCUCCUCUGUCUUCUUCUCUUUUACCUCCUGUGCUUCCCACUGGCAACUGGCACAGAUUGCCUCAUCACAGCAUUCAUCGCACACAAGCGGCCAUACAGACUUACUGUUGUUGAUUACAGGAACUCGUCAACAGAUCAAAGAGAACUAUGGCUGUUCUGCCUUGUCUAAUUUAUUUAAUUAUUAAAAAGCAAACAUUUUAGAAAUUUAUGAAUAUCAUGAUUAUAUAUUGACAGGUCCUGUGUUUAUGCCAACAGGAAUAUUUUGACAGAUAUUUAGGUUUGACCAAUUUUGAUAAAAUGUUGUAUAUUCAGCUGUUUCAGGGGAGCGAUGCCUGUUAUUUCAUAUAUUCCAGGCAGGUUAAAUGAACGCAGAGACGUUAACAUUUUCAAAUGUGUACCCUUUACUAGCAAAAGGAACAAGAAAGUUUGCAUUGGCUUUGGUGAACGACCCAGAAAAAAGCUACAUUUUUUUCGGGAGAAAUUAACAUUUGAGUAUAUUAAGAGGUUGUAACUGUCUUUUUUCUAAAUAUUUUCUAAAUCAACGUGCUGGUGUUUAAAAGAGUGUAUAUCUAGCUCUUUGAGUUUUCUGUAAUGUCCCUUUUUGUACAACUACCUUUUCUUAUAAGAGUAUGUUUCUAUGACUAAAUAGUGAAAGGUUCCAGAGGGAUCCUGGAUAAAACAUGAUUGUUUUCAGUCCGACCGUUCGUUCUUUUUUUACUCUAGCAGUGCAUUAAAAUGUGGUUUCAUUGCCAUGCACAUAAAAAUUAUGGUGCUUAUCCAGAGACUUGGUGCUAAUUUAAUUAAUAUGAAAUUGUACACUUUGGGGAGACCUAUCGGAAUAUACUUUUGAUAGCCUAGUACUGUAACUAUGUAUUUAAUAUGAGCCUACACAGUGGGUUUGAUGUAACAGAGCUUUCAGAUUAAAAACAUUAAUUAUUCCCAUUAGAUUCAUGUAAUUUGAAGGGUAGUGGUGACAACAAAUGCCAUAACGUUAUUUGAUGAAAACAAUCAUCAUUCUUUAGGGUUCAUGUUGAUGAAUCUUGUUUAUUAUGUGCCACAAUUUAUACGAGUUUGCCAUUGAUGACAAAAUACAUUAAAUUAAUAACAUUUCACCAUGAUUGAAAAAACAACAAAUAAACCAAGAUUACAACUUG